GAGCUGUCUUUUAACCCCUUCCCUUCCCUGACCCCCUCCCCUCCCCUUGUAGCCUCGGAUAUUUCAUUGGGCGUCAGGGAGAGCCCGAGCGAGCGAGCGAGCCAUGUCUCGUUUCCCUGGCGGGACCUGGUAACGGGAGGGAGGGAGGGAAGAAACGGGGGGGGCAGCCCCAGCCCCCGUCCUUAUUGCAGAGGACUAAAAAAAGAAGGGGACGGAUCCGUCUGCGACCGAGAAGAGGCAAAAAGGGGGCGGGAAAGAGGACUGAGGGGGAAAGAAAGAGAACGAGAAUGAGUCCUCCGCAUCCGCCAAGCCGAGGCUGCCUUUCUCCUCCGCUGGAUGCAGCGUCUCCUGCCCUCAAAAUGAUGGUGCGGGCGUUGCUGCUGGUCUCGCUCAUCCAGAGUUCUAGCCAAAAAAGUGAUGAUGAUUAUGAAGAUUAUACGACCAACAAAACCUGGGUUUUAACUCCCAAAGUCCACGAGAGUGAUGUUACCCUUAUUUUAAAUGGACUGCUGGAGGGAUAUGACAACAAGCUAAGGCCGGAUAUAGGAGUGCAACCAACAGUAAUUCACACUGAUAUGUAUGUCAAUAGCAUUGGUCCAGUGAAUGCUAUCAAUAUGGAAUAUACAAUAGAUAUAUUUUUUGCUCAAACCUGGUAUGACAGACGACUAAGAUUCAAUAGCACUAUAAAAGUGCUGAGGUUAAACAGCAACAUGGUGGGGAAAAUCUGGAUACCAGACACAUUCUUCAGAAAUUCAAAAAAAGCUGAUGCUCACUGGAUCACCACACCCAAUCGGAUGCUUCGGAUUUGGAAUGAUGGCAGAGUAUUGUAUACACUAAGAUUGACUAUAGAUGCUGAGUGUCAGCUACAGCUGCAUAACUUCCCGAUGGAUGAACAUUCUUGUCCCCUGGCAUUUUCAAGCUAUGGCUAUCCAAAAGAAGAAAUCAUCUACAUGUGGAAGCGCAGUUCAGUGGAAGUGGGGGAUACGAGGUCCUGGAGGUUGUAUCAGUUCUCAUUUAUUGGGCUCAGAAAUACUACUGAAGUGGUGCCCACAACUUCAGGAGAUUAUGUGGUCAUGGCAGUUUACUUUGAUCUUAGCCGAAGGAUGGGCUACUUCACCAUUCAGACUUACAUCCCCUGCACACUCAUCGUAGUGUUGUCCUGGGUCUCCUUCUGGAUUAAUAAGGAUGCUGUUCCAGCCAGAACAUCUUUGGGUAUCACAACCGUCCUGACAAUGACCACACUCAGUACAAUUGCUCGGAAAUCUCUCCCCAAGGUCUCCUAUGUGACGGCCAUGGAUCUCUUUGUAUCAGUUUGCUUCAUUUUUGUUUUUUCUGCACUGGUGGAGUACGGGACUCUUCAUUAUUUUGUCAGUAACAGGAAGCCAAGCAAGGAUAAAGACAAAAAGAAGAAAAACCCUCUUCUUCGGAUGUUUUCAUUCAAGGAAUGCUUAGUACCAGAGAGCAUUGUUGAAGAUCACCCAACUCAUGCUAAGGCACCGACAAUUGAUAUCCGUCCAAGAUCAGCCACAAUUCAAAUGAACAAUGCCACACACCUCCAAGAACGGGAUGAAGAAUAUGGUUAUGAAUGUCUUGAUGGCAAGGACUGUGCAAGUUUUUUCUGCUGCUUUGAGGAUUGCCGAACAGGAGCAUGGCGGCACGGAAGAAUACAUAUCCGUAUUGCCAAAAUGGACUCGUAUGCCCGCAUAUUUUUUCCAACUGCCUUUUGUUUGUUUAAUCUCGUUUACUGGGUCUCCUACCUUUACCUGUAAACAAUCAGAAAGGAAAUCAGUGAAAUGAGCCUUAUUCUUGAAGUUUAUUAGAUGGUUUCCUGUAUAAAUCCACUUAGAUGCCAUGGUGCAAUGGCUAUAGUGAACGUGAGGACUGCGACACACAUAAACAGAUGUUCCUGCAAGUAGGAGCCACACAUUCUCUUCUAUUUCAGGGAAUACUCUGCCCAUGCAUUAUUCCUGCACACACAGAGCAUUCUCUGACAUGUAGGUCAACCCUAACUCAUUAAAACUUCAUUAAACACCAGAGUUUCAUGGAACUUUGAACAAGUUUACAACACAGUGGUCUGAAUUCUUUCGUGCCAUAGCCCAAUAAAUGUCAACUCUCAUAUCAUUUGUCUAAGACGACAGGAAAAUUAUUGUGUAGUUGAAUGCUAUCAUCCUACAUUUUAAGCAAUUUGUUACAAACAAAAUCAAGUAGCAUGUAGAAAUCUACCACUGAAUUUGGGAGGGACAAUGGAGAGAGGACUUACACAAGCUCUUGGAAUCUGAGUAUUAUAAUUUCAGCGAUUUCAGCAAUGACAACAAUGAAGACAACAACACAGAACAGAUCACUGUGAACGUUGGUGAGAAAUGUAUGAUCUUUGUCCUCUAUGGGCUUUUCUUUUUGAAAGAGUCAUCUCUCUCUUCAGAUUAAGGUAAACUAGUCUAUGGAGAAAAAUAGCUUUUCUUUACACCCAAAUAAUAGUAACAAUAAAAUAGAACAUUUGGGUUCCCUCUCUAAGAGCACAUGUACAAAUAUUGCUGUAAAUAUUCCACUACCUUGUAUUACCUUGGGUCUACUGCAUGAAGAUUUUGGGGCUGGGGCUAAAUGGAGCAGAGAUACCAUAUACAGUAUUAUCUUUCAUUUUGUUAGCCCUAACUUGGCUAUAUUAGCAGAAAAAUGUGGAUAAGAAAAGCUUCUUCUUCAUCGUCGUCCUUUUUUUCAGGCAUAAAUGCCUUUUCCCUCAUGCAUGAAAAAUUUGGGCAGAGAGCACUAUCUCUAAGAAGUUAGACAAGAUAUAAGAGGCUGAACAAAACACCAUUAUAUUGACAGAAGAAAUCAGUAAGACCAAUCAAUAUAGUAUCUUAGACUACAGAUUAGCUCUGGAGUGUCAUUUUAUUCCUCACUUUCUAUAGCAACUGAACCUGUCAUUGCUAUGUCCUGCCAGAAUGCCAGUGGUCUUUUAAAGCUUUGUUUGCAGCCAACAGAUCCUUUCCCAUUUUUUACCACUGAUAAUUUUUACCUGGAAUACUUUUGCUGAGAUAUACUGUCCAUCUGAAUGAACCAGAACCUAAUAUAGCUUUGUUUUUUUUACAAAGAUAGCAAACUUUUGCUUUCCAGGCAUUUUCAUUUAUAUCAAUAUACAAGCCUGCAUUUCACCAUCUAUUUGUUUGCUGAUGUGUAUGUUCCUUCUCCCCUGCCCACUCUCUCUGGAUCCCUUUGUUAUGUUACAGAGUCUGUUGAAAGCUAGCAUGCAACUUAGGAGAUUGCGGUGAAACAAAUGGAGAAACAUAAGGGAAAGAGGACAAGUGUCUUUGCUAAAAUGCCAUUUCCCUGUAGUAUGUGCACAUUAAAACAACAAGAGCCAGUAGGGUGACUUUUGAAAAUCAUUCUGUUAGCUGCUGGUUUUAAAACAUCUGUGUGAUGCUCAGUUAUGCAACCUUAAGCACAUGUAAAUAUGACUGACUUUUUUAUGGUCACAAACUGUAAACACCAGUUGAUCUCAAAUAGGUUUGCAACUGGGAAUGAGGAAUAAUCUUUAUGUAUAUUAACUUUAUGGAAUUACUGACAGCCAAUACAGAGACUUAAGGACAGUUUUCUGAUGUCUGUAUAGUUUUGGAAAUAAAACAUGUAUAGAAAGGUAUAAUUGAAUUCCUGACCAUCAGUUGCUCCUUAAUGUAUUUUAAUGAAGAAAAUGCACAUAUCCAUAGAUUUUUUUUCAAUAAAAUUGCUGCACUCAA